GAGGGGAAGGAGCUUGUGCGGGGGCCGGCUGGACAGGUGAGCGCCCGGCGACCCAGAGCGCUUGUCCAGGUCCCAGAGAAAAACUUAUGCCCAGCUGCUGUGACAUAGCAAUGACUUCUUCUUUCUCAUUGCCUGAUGGAGACAACGAAACAGAAUUUUGCAUUUUAACAUUUGCGGACCUAGAGCUGAAAGAUCACACCCCUUUCCCAUCCAAGAGCCACUUCAAAGCUGUAUUAGAUGCCAGCAGUCGAAAGAAAUACGCGUCUGCAAAGAAGAAGGCAUUUGCUCUCUUCGUCAAAGCCAAGGAAGUGGUCGCUGACACGUGCUGUCCAAUGGCUGCUUGCCAGGGGGGAAUUUCUUGGAGAUGCUGCCAGCAGACCUUCAAGGACCUGACUGCAAUCCACAGGCAUGUCGCUGGCCAGCAUUCAGGUGAUGUGGGGCAGCAAACAGCGGUGAUCUUAAAGCAGAUGGCAGGCGACCACAAUGUGUCUGUGGAUGAGACGCCUCGGCCUAACAGGUCCCUGUGUAGAAACCAGGAGAUGUUUCACAGGCUCCCGGAUACAAGCCACAUUGGUGCGGAUGAAAUGAGAAGUGAGGUGGGGCAAGUUCUGCUUUACUAUUGUUACUGCGAGGUGGCAGAUCCCUGGGGACUCUGUGAGUGGCAGAAGGCUUUAUGUCAACACCUUCAUCUGACUGGCAAGGUGCGAAUCGCUUCGGAAGGAAUUAAUGGAACUGUUGGUGGGAGCAAGGCAGCCACUGGCCUUUACAUAGAUGCCAUGUUGUCUCAUCCCCUCUUUAAAAGCACUUUGACGAAGGAAGAUUUCAAGACCAGCGCAGGAGGAACCCACUGUUUCCCAGACCUUCGAAUUGGUGUCUUUGAAGAAAUAGUACCAAUGGGAAUUCACCCAGAGAAAGUCUCUUACAAAGAAACUGGAAUCCAUUUGACUCCAAAGGAGUUUCAUUUAGAAGUGGAGAAAUAUCUUUCCCGAGGUGACAAAGAGCAGGUUGACACCAUUUUGCUGGAUUGCCGGAACUUCUAUGAAAGUAAAAUAGGACAUUUCCAAGGGUGUUUGGCUCCAGACAUCCGGAAAUUCAGCUACUUCCCCACCUACGUAGAUGAGAACUUGGAUCUUUUCAGGGGCAAACGGGUCCUGAUGUACUGCACAGGAGGAAUCCGUUGUGAGCGGGGUUCGGCCUACCUGCGGUCCAAGGGCAUAUGCAAAGGAGUGUACCAUCUCAAGGGAGGCAUCCACAAGUACCUGGAAGAAUUUCCAGAUGGGUUCUACCGAGGGAAGCUCUUUGUCUUUGAUGAACGUUACACCAUCUCCUCCAAUGGCGACGUGAUUUCAGCCUGCCGUUAUUGCGGGACGCUCUGGGACCAGUACCGCCUCUGCUCCACCCAGCCGUGUUGCCAGCUUGUCCUGACAUGCCCAGAAUGCCAGCUGAGGGGGCUCACGGCCUGCUGCCCCCUAUGCCAGGAGAAAGGCCUCGCCCUGGCUUCAAACCCUUCUGGACCAGCCUUUAAGGAGGAGUGCGAGUGCACGGGCACGCGGCAGCAGGUUCCAGUGGAACACGUUUAACGAAGGGACAUGGCCUAAGAAUCCCUCUUCCUGGGCAUGAAGCGCUGGGGUGGGGGGCAAGUCCCAGAUAUACUUUAAUGGGAUUUGGGGCAACCAGCUCUGCUAGGCAGCUAAGCAGACCUCCAAUUUAGGCUGUAGUCAGGGCUUCUUUGCAGAACUCACUUAGUCUCGGAAGUAAAUUCUUGGUGCGUGUAAAGCAAAAACAACAUGAACUCCCAUGGUGCUACACAAGCGUUUCCUCAUCAGUGCUUCCCCUGCAACAUGCUAAGGCAUGUAGACAGCAAGCACCAGCACUCUACUUAUCAGAGCUUGGGCAAUAUCCUAGAGCACCAAGGCAGUGAAUUGUCAUAAAGAUCGUAGCAGGAAGGAGAAGGCACAAAAGUUGCAGGUAGACCAUCACAUCUAUGCACACCAGGAAGCCAGGAUGGACUUGGGCUUCUCUCAUAUGCACAUGCAGUGAAUUACACACGACACAGGCUGUGAUCUACCGGCAGGUUUUUCUGUCUUUCCUACCCACGUGGAAAUUCUAGGAAGGAAACAGGACUGGCUCUGGGUAUUUGUGGGACACUCCAUACCCUGCAGUGAGAUCCCACCAUCCCACAGAAGAGAGACCUGCCUGUUCCCCAGAGCGAGGAUAGCAUUUGCCCACUUCCACAACCCUCACGCCAUCUUUCUACCCAAGUGGAGCAGCGAGGGCAGAAUAGGGACUGUGGUGGGGUUGGUCAUCAAGCUCUCUAAAGAUCCAUGGCCCCUCAGCAGCUGUCAUACUUUGCUGCAUGUUGGCACCAGCGAUGGUAGGAAAAGUGUCAUACUCUUAUAUGGCCUGAGCAUGGGGACCUCCAGAGAUUGUCCGUCGCUUGUGGAGACUGGAUAUGCCAAGUCCAGAGUCCACCCAUUGAAGGCAAGUGG